CUCCACCUGCACUCCUACUUGAGACCGGACCGUCACCGGCGUCCGGCGGCCCGCAGCAAGCAGGAGCAGCGUCCACCGGAGCAAGCGUGCACGCAACAGACGACGCGCCAGCCGCCAAACGGCAGCAGGUCCGGACGUCCGGUCACCUUCCGCGCUCUGCGCUCGCACCCUGACCCACCAACCACCCAUGGCGUCCGCGCCUUCCGCCCCCGCCUCCGCCGCCGUCAAGGCCGCGGUCGUCCCCAUCCCACCGGUCCACCCGCCAUCCUCCGUGGCAGUACUGGCGCGGCGCGCGCCGACGCCGGUGCCGGCCGCCCUGCGCGCCCUGGGCCUGGGCGGCAACGCGCGGCAUGGCGCGGCGCUGGUGGCGUCCGCCGCGCUGGAUGACCUGCGCCCGGCCAUCGACGAGUACCCCGAGGGCAUCCUGUCCGGGGAGUGGCCCGGCAACUUCUCCCUCCUCAGCUACGCCGACCUCCGCGCCUACCUCGAGUCCCGGAUCGUCACCUCCGACCAGAUGAGCCCGGCGGCAAAGCUCGGGGACGUGAUGUCGCGCCCCGUGCAGGUGGCCACGCCGGGGCAGCGCCUCGCGGAGGUCGAUGCCAUCUUCGCCGCGGAGCAGUUCUCGGGCCUGCCUGUGGUCGACGAGGACGGCAGGUGCGUUGGGGUGAUCUCCAAGAAGGACAAGGCCAAGGCGCCCAAUGGGAUGCAGAUGGAGUCAACUGUAGUUGAAGUCAUGUCAUCUCCUGCGAUAACCCUGACGCCCGAGAAGACAGUCUUGGAGGCUGCAGCACUAAUGCUUAAGGAGAAGGUUCACAGGAUACCGGUUGUGAAUGAACAGCAACAAGUGAUCGGAAUUGUGACUCGCUCGGACGUAUUCCAGGCACUUGAGGCCAACAACAACAAAGCAUGAGAGUGAGGUCCCCUCCCCUGUUAGGCUUGUUCUCGCCAGAUGUUGCCCGUUGUAAAUAUCAGUUGAACUAGUCGGUACCCCGUGUUGCCCUAGGUGCAAGCGAGAAUAACGGUGGGCAUGUCUACUCUGCUGUGUGUAUCAUAGUUUGUGUGAGUGUCUGUAAUUCAAAAAAAAAAAACUAAAGUUGCAUGUCAUCCCAUAUAUAUGGCACUUUCUCUGUCCUACAAAUAAUUAUAUUUCUUUGACUUCUAUCA